AUGUAUUCAAGAACCAGCAACGCGAAUAUUGUAAAGGAGGGAGAAAAUAGUCAUGGAACCAAGGAAGGAGAAUAUUGGGUAGAUAUUGAAUCAAAGCUCACACUUCUGUUGACGGAAGAUCGCACCGCGCGUUCUGAACGGGAUCGUGCAAAAGAUAGAGAAAUAGCCCUAUCAGAAAAGCUCAGCGAACUAUUGGAGGAACUCUCACCGCCUGUUAAUUUUUCAAUCCGUCACCGCCAGUCAUCGAUGUGGGAUUAUACCUCCCCAUCUUCAUAUCACCCACCGUUGCCGUCCUUCAUACAUAUGCACGAUUGGGCUAUUGUUAGAGACCUGUGGAAGAUGCAUUGCACCAAGGAGGAUAUGCUUGCUCUCUUUGGAGAGCAUACAGACCAUCAAGGGAUUGAUAAUGCGCAUAAAAUGCUUUUACAAGGCGAUAUAUUCUUUUACGAUACCGAGAAGAACCAUUCACCUCCAAUUCCAAUGACCUACGGCGAAAUUCUCGGCAACAACGGCCUCAUCGCAUCCUCGUUAUCCCUCAAACCUAAUUCGGUGUUGCCCCACCUGGUUGCAUGUGAUCUCAUGGCAUCAACACACAUAACCACCGCAUCCUACCUUUCGUUGGUUGGUAUGAGUGCCGAAUUUCAAUGCAAGAGGUGUCUUGAUGCUAAACAAGUGACUUGGGUAGAGUUGGUGCGCCACUACAUCAUAUCUAAUGAGUUCUUCAAGAAGAAUCUGAAGAUAGUGCGCUCACUCGGUGGAUGUAUCACGCACAGAAAUGCGCAUGAUACUUACCUUCCCACCCAACAAACCAUGGUUGGAUCUUGUUCAAUCGAUCCGCAAAUGGAGCUCGACGCACACACGGGCAAGCGCCGCAAAGGCCUAUUAUGCGCCCAGGUUCCGGGUCUGAAAGACGUGGUUGCCCCCGAGUGGGCAAUCGUUAGGCACCUUCAAGACGUACCGGCGCAUACACUUAUCAGACACGGAAUUGCUGAGCCGGCGGCGUGUUUGCACUAUACACCUCAGCACGUGUACGACUCUAUUGCCGACUUUGGAGGAUACGGCCUCCCACCCCACGAUUUGGCAUUUCUCUGA